AUACUGCGGAGAAAGGGUUUUGGAUGCAGUCUGCCAAAAAGUAGUAGAGAGGCCUGCAGUGUUUUUUGGUCGUCCGACAGAGAGAAGUGGUAGAAAAGCGAAGAAGGUGAGACAAUUGUUGGCUGUGUAACGAUCUCUAAACGGAAUAUGCGUGUGUGUCUAGCUGUUGGAUUGGCCAUUGAACGUGCGAAAUUGUAACACCGAUUUGUUGCGGAGAGUGUAGUGUUUUGUUUAGCCAGCUCGCUAGGUAGCUGCAGGAACACAAUAUCUUUGUAGAAAACCAAGCGCUCAGUUUCUCCCUCCCCCCAUACACCGAAGGCGUGAGAAAUUCAGGCGCCAGAGAGUGGUGUGAGAAGAAGCAGCAGUUAUGUCGUCGUCCGCAGUCUCCGUGCUGGAGGAGCUUCGGGUGUUCAAGAGAGUUGACCAAAAGAUUCGGUCUACCCUGGUGUCUGGUCGGGAAGAGAUGGUCAGUCCGACUGUCGUCACUCGCUCCUUCCUCGAUUCCUUCGAGAAGAUGGUCCCAGCCACCUCUCUGGACAGUGGUAUCAGUAGUGGUGAGAGAGAAGGGAGUCCUAAUGGCCACAGACAAAACGAGUGUCCGUUCAUAGAGUCAGCCGAUGGCUGGACUAUUGAGUUUAGUCACAAAAAUUGCGAGCAAUGCAACAACGAUGUGUGUGUCUGCCCACAAAUCUCUCCCUCGCCGGAGUUGCGCCCGCUGGUAGAGGCAAGCUACCGCCGACACUUCUUUCAGAAGGAGCACUGGACCUACUACACCGAGGAGCCCGAUUUCGGACCGAUUAUCCUCUCGAUAAAACCAGAGGCCGAUGGAACAGUGUACAGGGUACUGGCAAGGUCUUCCAACCACUACGUCACAGGUGUUGUGGGAGUGGGGGAGCUGGUGGGAGGGGAACUGGGGAGGGUCGACAGGGAGGAGGUGGUGGCCGUCCUGGCAAGGGAAAUGGCUCUGGAGACCUCCUUCAAACCUGCACUCUUUCAAGACCUCCAGAGAGAUCUGCUCAAGAUCGACGAGACCUUUGUGAAAUCUCACCACAAGGUUGGUGUUCUUCGCAUCAAGAGAGGCCAGAGUUCGGAAGAAGACAUAUUUGCCAAUAGCAACGAACCUGGCUCCUUUGACGAAUUCCUUAAUGUGCUAGGUAAACGAGUUCGUCUGAAAGGGUUCCAGGGGUUCCUCGGAGGACUUGACAACGAGAAGGACAUGACAGGAGAGCACAGCGUCAGUACGGAGUUGAUGGGGUUAGAGGUCAUGUUCCAUGUGGCCCCUCUCAUGCCGUUAGACCGCAACGACCCUCAACAGGUAAACAAGAAGCGACACAUUGGCAACGACAUGGUGUGUGUGGUGUUCCUCGACGAGCCAGGAGCAGUCUUCAACCCCACGUGGAUUGGUGUUGCCACUCGCAGCACUGUCCCCACUUUCACCCCUGAAUUGAGAACGAGUGGCCUAUUCCCCCACAGUCGCUCCCUCCAGCAACUCAUACUCACCAAGAUCAUCAAUGGAGAGCGGGCCAGCUACCACGCACCCAAGUUUAUGCGGCUCACGAACCGCUCGAGAGCACAGCUGCUACUGGAACUAACAGAGAGUCUUGCGGAGUAUGCCAUGGCAAGCAAGCAGGGCCGGGCCACCAGGAAGAUCAACAGGAGAUCCAACUGGCUGCCUGUCGGAGCCACUCGCCCUCCAUCUCCAAUGCUGGACAGUGUCCACCAGAAACACUGCAACAGUGAUCAGUUGGCCGAAGACUUUCAGGUGGCCUUCCGAGGCUGCGAGCUGGCUGACGUGGCCUUCAUUGUCGGAGACAGUCACACACCACUGUACGCCGUGAAGGCCAUCCUCGCAUGUCGCAGCAGAGUAUUCCGUACCAUGUUCCAGGAAGGCCAGGCACAGAGUCCAUCUCGAAGGUUCACCAGUCCAAUGAUUCGCAAGCGGCUACCAACAGCAAGUUGCGUCAUCAGUCCCCAGGGCAGCCGGAAACUGUCCCACUCGGGAGCCAAGCCAAAACUGGCUCUGAUCAAGAGGAAGAAGUCGGCCCAGGAUCUGACCAGGAGUGCAUCGCCUGACCCUCCGUCCUUCUUCUUCUGUGAAGACCCUCGCAACAUGAACAUAAAGGAACAGUACAUUGUAGAAGAUUUCGACAACUUGGUGUUUGGCGAGCUCCUCAGCUACCUGAUGACUGGCCAGUGCUCCAUACGACCGGAGACGGUGGUCGGCAUCGCCUGCGUUGCCGAGCGGUUCGAAGUGGAAGAGCUCAAACAGGCCUGUCUGGACAACCUCCCCAGCUGUCUCUCUGUGGCGUCCAUCUGCCUCAUCCUGACGCAGCUCGAGCAGUACCUCUCGUUCGCAGCUGCCAAGAGAAUUGUCGUCCAGUGCCUCGAGUUUAUCGACACCAACGCAGCCGAGAUUCUACUGUCGCAGCAGUUCCUCCAGCUCUCGGAGAACAUGGUACACCUGGUGCUGAAGAGAGAGAGCUCCGCAGACCUGCCCGAGAUCAUGAAAGUGAAUGCGGCGUUUGCGUGGGGAGAGCUCCACUCGAAGCCGUCCGGACCGGAUUUCAAGUCGCUGGUGACUCCGCUGCUUAAGCACAUCAAACUUCACCUCAUUGAUCCUCAGGAUAUCAUGAAGGUCCUUGUGCCCUCUGGGAUAUUUGACAUGGACAAGUUGAUGGCAGCGCUGGCCUACCAGGUGGACCCUCAGUCAGUGGAGGUGGAGAACUACACGAUGUUCAGACCCAGGAAAAAGACAAACGUCCUCAGCUCCAGAUAGCCAGCCAGUAAUGGACGGACCCUGUCUACCCUGUCACCUCUUGUCUCGUCGCGUUUUCUCUGUCAUAAUCAUCAUAAUCAUAAUGUAUUAUGUAUGUAAAGUACAGUUUAGGUAGUCAGAUUUUAUUACCGCUCGCUCACUCACUCAUUCACAGAUUUCUAUCAGGUUUUCUCUCUCUUCCUCAUCUCUCUUUCUCCCUCCAUCUCUCUCUCUCUCUCUCUUUCACCUUAUGUCAUAUUCUGCAGGCAUUCUUAUCACUUCACCCACUGUUGUUAUAUUCUCUCUCUCUCUCUCUGAUUCACUAAACUACAAAAGUUAGUCUACUUCACCAGUUUAUUUGAAUGCGUGCACAUCACUUUAUUGAUCAUCAUCACGUGUGUGUGUGUGAUAUAAUGAAAGAAAGAAGUUUAUCGGAAUUAAUCGUGACAUCUGCAAGUAACAGUAAGAGUAAGCCAUGUUUUAGUAGUUC